AUGCCUUACCUCUCGAAGGAGGAGGUCCAAUUCGCAAUCAACCGUCUACCACCUAUCAUUAAAGAAAGCACUAAGAUCAAACCCAAAUCUUUGGCCAAACGAGUCCUGACGAAGCCUACAAUCUAUAUCUUGACCAUGUUCUCCGUCUUGUCAGCGAUGAUAGAGGCGUUUGCAUUCCAGGGUUGCUUCCUGCUCUGGAUGAAGCAUUUUGAAGACAAAUUCCCCCAAUCAGCCGUCACUACGUACCCUCUUGGUAUACAGGCGGUUGCCAUCUUGUCAAUGAUCCUUGCUGGAGUGUAUAUGGACAAGACAAGACGAAACGUGGAGGUCGGUAUUCUAACCGGUCUUCUCCAGCUGAUAUGUGGAGCGAUGCUGGUCGUUCCCUCACUCCCCACCGGUGGAACAUUCUUUGCCUUCUAUCUCAGCGGUACGUCGUUUAUGGUGAAUCCACUUCUCUACGGGUGGGGAGGGGUUAUCGCUCGAAGAGGUGGCGACGACGCAGCACGUGCCAUCAUCCUAUAUACCAUGAAUACUGGAGGUCAGCUUCUCUACACGUGGUGGGGUAUCGUCCUUUAUCCCGCUGCUGAUGCGCCGUACUGGAAGAAAGGCGCCAUCGCCUUGAUGGCUGCAGUAUGCUGUUAUCUGUGCGGUCUUUACUGCAUGCAUUGGCUCGAUCAACGAACAAAAGAAGACCAUGCGAAUAGAUCAGAGGAUGAUAGCGUCGUCACUCCGGAAACACAGGUGAUAGAUUUGAAAGCUUAA